CACGAAUGGUUAUUACAAAUGCCCGUAUCGUCCACCGUAUGGUGAUUUCCCGAGUUGUGUUUUGGGCAGGAAAGGACCCGGAUGUUCUCAACCGGACGUACAACCUUGCUCUGGGGACUGUUCUGGUAAUGGUGUGGCAGUAGCUGGAGCAUCCAGGUCUCGCUGUGCUUGCUCGGUCAGUUGGACUGGACCUUGUUGCAAAAGGAGGCGACCGUGGAGGAACUGGGGUGAUCCUCAUUUGGAGACAUUAGACGGAAUUGAGUACGAUUACUUCGGCAUUGGUGAAUUUUGGGGUUGUAAAUCUCUCUUCAAUGACUUUGGAAUGCAGUUCCGUUACUUUGCCUACCAGCGGGCGUCAUUGACAGGGGGCGUGGCCGUCAAGGCGGGACUGAGUGUGCUGUCAAUCAUGACUGUCAACACUACUGACCCUAGAGAAUUUCCAAAACUGCGAAUUGAUGGAAAGUUAGUAAACUUGACGGCUAAUAUUGGUCAGAAGAUGAAGCUUGCUAAUGGAACAGUCGUAAUAGAUAUCCAGAAGACCUUCAGUUCACAAUCUGACGAGACAGGAGUCGUGCUCAUUUCUUUACAAUACGAGUCAGGUCUAACGAUAACAGCGGACGUACGUCACAGUCACGUGAUGGGCCGUCAGUAUCUGAAUGUGCUGUUCACACCGACAGCAUCGUAUAAAGGCCACACUGAGGGGCUCUGCGGAGUCAUGGAUAACGACCCGUCCAACGACUUUAAGGGCCCUAAUGGAGAACAGCACAACGAUCCCAUAAAGUUCUCUGAUUCUUGGCGUAUAACCGCUGUCCAUAAUGAUUCCGGCCUUAAAGGAACAUGGUCGUGGAAUUCAUCCAACUUUCACAAUGAUGACGUCAUGGACUCGUCAUACACCGAUCCUAACCAUGUUCCCAUGUACUCUUUAGAUGGUAUUAGCGACGUCAUCCUCAAGAAAGCCACUGCAGCCUGCUCUGCUCUUGGACUCUCAGACACAAUGCUGAAGAGCUGUAUUUAUGACGUAGCUGUCACCAAUGACACAUCGCUGAGUGCUCAGGAAACUCUGCAGCAAGGCUGCCCUGAUCAGUGUUCUGGGAAGGGAAGAUGUGUUAAUUCCACCUGUCAGUGCAUGAUUGGUUGGUCAGGUGACAGCUGUGAAUUCGGGAACUGUACAGCCUGUUCAACAGAACAUGGGAAAUGUGUUAAAGGAUUUUGUGAAUGCGAGGACGGCUGGGAAGGCGCUACUUGUGAACAGAAAGCCACCUGCUACAACAUCAACAACUGCACAAAUCCUAUCAACGGGAUUUGUCAGAGGACAGAUCAAUGUCGCUGUCAUGACGGAUACAUUGGUCGUGAUUGCAGUAUUAUUCCAACUUGCUCUAAUGUGUCUGAUUGUUCUGGACGAGGCAUCUGUAUUGAUUAUGACGUGUGCAAAUGUGAUAAGGAGUGGACUGGUAAAGACUGUACCCAGUUCUCUUGUGGAUCUCUCGACCAUUGCUCCGGUCAUGGACGCUGCGUCGCGUUCUACAAAUGUGACUGCGACCCAGGUUGGGCUGGAACCAGCUGCGGUCUCCCUGAUUGCGCAGGCGUGAACCAAUGUUCUGGUCAAGGCGAGUGCGUGUCAAGUAAUACUUGCAAUUGUUACCCAGGAUUCCAAGGUGUCAAUUGUAGUGAAGAAGGAAGGUGUGCGAGUCUUGGAAACUGUAGUGGAAAUGGAGUUUGUAUGCAGGACAAAGAAGGCGGCAAUCUCACUUGCAGAUGUUAUGCUGGCUUUAGUGGUGUCAACUGCAGUCUUGCUUUGUGUCUUUCCGUGAACAAUUGUUCUGGACAUGGCCAGUGCUUGGAAGCAGACCUCUGUAACUGCGAUGUGGGGUACACUGGGGCUGACUGCUCAAAUGCGUCCUGUGAAGGCGUUAAUUAUUGUUCAGGUCAUGGGGUUUGUACUAGCUAUGACACUUGCGCCUGCGAUCCUUUAUGGCAUGGUCCGGCAUGCAGUGCGGCCGACUGUUCCAGUCUCAAUCAUUGUUCUAGCAAAGGCGAUUGUAUUUUACCAAAUACUUGUGAGUGUUAUCCCGGAUAUGAUGGUGCAGCGUGUAACACAACAGCUAAACCAAACCUUCACGCUCCAGUUUUUGCUGCUCCGCUGUACAAUGCGACCUUGUUGGAAAACAGUCCCAUCGCAACGAAAAUUCUCCAAGUCCAAGCGAGCGAUGCCGACUCAGGACGAAAUGCACAGCUUUUGUUCUCGUUAGACAACGGCAAUGUGGCGAGCCCAUCUUUCACAAUCGAUAGCAUUUCGGGUGAAGUCUUCACCUCAUCGGCUUUGGAUUACGAGAGUUCGUCUCCGUACCUGUUUAAGUUGAAGAUCGUAGCUUCAGACAAUGGAACACCACGGAAGUCAAGCUUCGUGUUCAUCUACAUUGAAGUUCUUGAUGUAAAUGAUCACUGUCCGAUUUUCGACUCUUCCCAGACAAAGUGGUUUAACAUCUCACAGCAUACUCAUCCGGGAACACUUCUGACGGUGAUAUCCGCUUCUGAUCAAGACAGCGGGCUCAACGGAGAAGUGAGGUAUAGCAUAUCGAACGCAAGCAGCCACUCCGGAGAUUUUAAAAUGGGGGAAGAAAAUGGUGAACUAACAAUUGUUGGCGAACUAAAGGUGAAAGAGUAUCGGCUGCUGAUCGUUGCUCGUGAUCUCGGCAAACCAUCGUGUUUCCGCCAAACUGACGUGACGGUGAAUGUGUUUGUUAAGUCAGUAGUUACUGUGGGUCCAAGUGAGAUUUCAACAACAGAAAACAUUGAAGUCGAAAAUAGCUCCACAGGCGUGUCUACCAGAGAGAAAACUGAUGGGCCUCCAGUUUCUGCACCCGCGAAAAGCUGGUACAAGAAACCAAUGAUUAUUAUGGGAAUUUCCAUGGGUGGUUUCUUCGCUCUCUGCAUCCUUCUGAUUGUAAUCCUCGUUGUCCUGAUCCGGAAGUGGAAACGCAAAGUUAAAGUGGAUGCCAGCCCUCCUCACAUCUUAGGUUCACACCUCGUAGGCAUAACCGGAAGCGCAGGGAGCUCCCAUCACCCCACGCCAGGUCUUGUCGUCGUCGAAGAAGUGGAAAUGGAAAAUUUGGAGAGCGUUUUGCGCGGAGACAAUUCAAAAUAAAACCUAUGCCUCGUUUAGACUUUUAAUUGAGGGCAUUGUAUACGGUUAGAAUUUGUAGUUAUUAGAAACUUUGAAAGUUCUAAAAAGGGUUUUGCGUCUGAAUUCUGUCCGUAAUUAUACUCUUGAUUAAUCAAAUCAGUCGUUAAUAAUUCGUGUAAUUGCAGACCGAAUUAAACUUCACACAGUCCUAUUACUAUUCUAUGAUAAUUAGAAAAUGUUAUACGCCGUGAAGAUAUAUGCAUUAUUUUGUAUUCCCUAGCUUCGACAAAAAACUGCUGACCCGGUUGACGUUUUUAAACCCAAUUUCAUCGUAGACUUAAAGAUAGUUACACUAGUCAUUUAUAUAUUUCACGUUAAGUUGAUUUCCAGCGUCGGAAUAAAGUCUUGUUUAUACACAUCAGUGGAUCUUACAAAAACGUUUCGCUAUAAAUGAAACGCGUUAUUCAAGCUAUUAGUUGUACCUCUUGGACACGAGCAUACAAACUCUCUGUUUUCGAAGAGCUUCAUGGUGCUGGGCCGCUAGUGCUGGAGGCUUCCAGUUCGUCACUCUCGCGGCAAUACGUUUGAAAAGCUCACCCAUAUUCCUUUCUUUGUACAGACUAAAACUCACUGCUUUUAUAAUUUACACGCUAGGAAAGGUUUUUACGCAUACCAUAGAGUAUUGUUCUCCAUCAAAAGAAUACCUUUUUUUGCCACAAACCUCGUUUACAUUCUACAAGGCCCUAUGUAUUAAAUUCUGGGGAUGAAAUAGGAGAAGAAAUUAUCGAUCAAGCCUGCUUCAACGCUGCUUAAUUUGAUUUUUUUUAAAUAGCACCCAAAUACGGCAUUUUGUGCUGCUAGUUGUACUCUGAGCAAUGUUGCUUUCGUAAGUAAUUGCAAUGUUGUAAGUAAGAUUAGUAUUGUAAAUAUAGUGUGGUAUUAAAAGAAGUCGUACUUCUUCAAAGGGGAAGGGAGAAGACAAAGAGCGUAAGCAGUGGGAAUGGAAGUUAACAUCGCAUGGUCAGUGACGUGGUAGGAUCUCAAGCUGGCACUAUUUAACUGAGUUAUGAUGGAAGUUUCACUUAUCAUAAAGAAAAAUUAAAUAGCCUGUGCCGCCCCGAUCGUUUCGCUCUCCUGUUCGCAGGCUAAGAUGAGUAUUCAACCACGUGUAAACGGCGGUGCAAACAAAUUAACAUGGUUAGCGAGUUUACGUUCAUUUCUGCCAACAGAAUAUGGGCAUAUGACGAGAAUUCGAGUCGAUCAGCUUUAGUACUAUGCGUGUUAUUAGGAUUGCAGUGUUACUUUCCGGUGCCUAGAAAACAAAGACGCAGGUUUUCACUUGAAAACAAUUACAGGACUUCAAACGCCUGAGCCGUGAGCUCGGAGGAGAAUUGGG